UCGACAAAUCGACCAGAAUUUUAUGGUUGGAAUCCCUUCCAUCAGGUUAGUGAAGUGAGACUUCUUAAGGUCUUGGAUUUGAGUUCUUGUCGUGUGAGAGCUUUGUCGUCAGUUACAUUGAAACCACUAAUUCACCUGAAGUACCUCGCAGUUAACACAAAUAAAUUCAAUUUCCAUCCAGAACCACAUCUGCCCCAUCUAGAAACAUUAAUUGUGGAUGAUUACAUAAAUCAGUGCUACCAGCGAUCUUUUGGAAAAUGAAAACAUUAAGGCAUGUUGAUAUUGGUACAGCAGAAUUUGAUUUAAAAUGGGAAAACAAUAAGCAGGGGAUGUUUGAAGAAUCCUCUAAAUUGGAAAAUUUGAGGAUAUUAAGGCGAGUUCGAAUUGAUGAAGGUGAUAGGGUGGAUGUGUUAUUACGAAGGUGUCCUAAUCUUCAACAACUUGACAUUGUUUUAGUGGUUGAUGAUGAUUCUGCAGAGAUUUGUCUCAAAUUGGAGAGUCUUACCCAGCUUCAAAUAAUUCGCCUUUCUUUUAUCAUGAAGAUUCAUGUAGAAACUUUGACUCCCUUCAUUGCAGGACUACCAAGCCUUGAAUAUCUCGAAUUAAGUGCGUUGCUUCAGUUUCGGAGGAAAUUUCGUCCAGUAGAAGAGUGGUGCCUCGAAGGCAUCACGUUCCAUAAACUUAAGUUCUUGGAACUGGUGCACUUAGCUAUUUCAAGGUGGGAUGCCUCGGAUGAAUCCUUUCCCCUGCUUGAAACACUUGUUCUAAGUAAGUGUUACAAGCUCGAGGAGAUCCCCCUUAGCUUUGCAGAUAUUCUAACACUGAAACAGAUUAAGUUGAUUUGGUGUGAAAACAAAUCUCUGGAGGCUUCAGCAGUGAGAAUCAAGGAAGAAGUCAAAGAUAUUGAAGGAUGCGACCGUAUUGACCUCAUUAUCAUAGGAAAUUGAUCUACCUGAUGCUCGUUUCGCAUCAACUUUGGGAUCAAGUUGUGAUAUGGAAGGCUCUUUUGGAGGCCAAGUGGAGAAGGCAUUUUUAGUUCUGAGAAGAAAAUAAAUUCAGUAGGAAUUCUUGUUUGAUACAAAAGAGAAUAUAUAUAGGCUCAGGUCCUGGAAAUUAAGAAACCUUUUGGUCAUGUUUAUGGUAAGCCAGAUAUAUAUGUUUUGCUUGUCUAAAUUGGUUUCUAGAGUAAAUUAAGUUGCUAUGG